UCAAAGUUGCUCUCAUUUUCACCUUUUUUUUUCUUCUUACAUUUCACACUCCUCUGCAGACAUUUAUUCCCCUCAACUCAUCUACUUUCCAUAUAAAUUUUCUCCCCAUUUAUUACUGUUCAGGCCCUCUUCUUUUCAAGACUUGUUGGUGGGUUUGACCCAUUAAUAAUUUCGAGUUGAGUAUGAUUCAAGAUUCUAUGUGCUUUGAGAUCAACAAAAGCUGAGAGCUGAGUUUCAGGAUCGAAAAUAUCUGAUUUUGGGUGAAUACUGAGGAAGCUAAUUUGGGUGGUCGAUAUACGUCUUUGGAAACUGUUAAUGAUACACAAUUUUUCAAGAAACAGACAAGAUGAUGAUUAACAAGUCGAUUCUAUUCACCUAUCUGUACCUGCUAAUCUACAUUCUGCUCUCAUCUGGAGUUAUAUUGUUCAACAAGUGGGUUCUCUCUCCUAAGUACUUCAAUUUCCCAUUUCCAAUAACACUUACCAUGAUUCAUAUGGGAUUUUCUGGAGCGGUAGCAUUCUUCCUGAUUCGCGUUUUUAAGGUUGUGUCUCCUGUAAAAAUGACAUUUGAAAUAUACGCGACAUGUGUGGUUCCAAUAAGUGCCUUCUUCGCAUCAAGUCUUUGGUUUGGUAACACUGCUUUUUUGCAUAUAUCCGUGGCCUUCAUUCAGAUGCUUAAAGCCUUGAUGCCAGUGGCGACACUUUUUGUGGCUGUUUUGUGCGGCACUGAUAAGUUAAAAUGGGACGUUUUCUUAAACAUGAUGCUGGUCAGUGCUGGAGUUGUCAUCUCCUCUUACGGGGAAAUCCAUUUUAAUGUGAUUGGUACAACUUACCAGGUUACAGGGAUCUUUGCAGAAGCUCUGAGGCUAGUUCUAACACAAGUCCUUCUGCAAAAGAAGGGUUUGACUCUAAAUCCAAUUACAAGUUUAUACUACAUAGCUCCAUGCAGUUUUGCUUUUUUGUUUGUACCCUGGUAUUUCUUGGAGCAGCCCGGCAUGGAAAUUCCGCAGAUUCAGUUUAAUUACUGGAUCUUUCUAUCAAAUGCAAUGUGUGCUUUAGCGUUAAAUUUUUCAAUAUUCCUAGUGAUUGGUAGAACUGGAGCAGUUACCUUCCGAGUUGCUGGCGUUCUAAAAGACUGGAUACUGAUCGGCCUUUCAACCAUAAUAUUUCCGGAGUCUACAAUCAGUGCAUUGAACAUUACUGGAUAUGCAAUUGCGCUAUGUGGCGUAGUCAUGUACAACUACAUCAAAAUAAAAGAAUCUCACUCAACUCAACUCUCUCUCGAAGAUCUCCAAGAAAGAAAUACAAAGGAGUGGAAGUUAGAAAAGAAAUUGUAUGAUAUUUACGCGCCAGACAACAGCAAUGCAGAUACGGGAAGAACUGGCAGAGGAGUUAACUUUGUCUCCGAUCUGAAUGUCGAUCUUGAGUCGCCUCUUAUUUCGUCAAGAUUGUCUCAUAUAGGACGAACGCAACUAAGCAGUCGAGAUGCCUCGUUAUGACGACGCAUAAAUUGACUUAACAAAGAUUAAUCUACUCGCAAAUAUGAAGCACUGGAGUGCAGUUUUCUGCAUGUUGCAGAAUGCUGGAGCAUCACUAUUUCUCCAUGAGCCACACACUAAAACUUGUUUUCCAAACGUCUGUACAGAUAAGUUCGUGCGAGACAAAUCAUGCCCUAUCUAUUUACCUCUGUAGUUCGAAGGCUAAGGCUUCGUUGAUAUGCAUGGUUGUAAAAAUCGGAAAUCAUGAUUAACCAGUAAAGAGACUGAUUACGAAUUAAUCAGAUAUUUCAUAAUAA